UGUCGUGUUGAGGGAUGUCCAGGUUGGGGCUGGGCCAAAUUACUUGACUAGCCAAUCAGGUCACAGGUGUCCAAUAUAAAUAAUGCUUGUUUUUUGUUUUUAUGAAUAUCAGUGAUUUUUACAGUUGUUUUCUUCAGCAUCUUUGGACCAGUGCUUGGACAUCAUGAAGAUCGCCGCUUUCAACAUCCAGAGGUUUGGGAAAUCAAAACUCUCAGAUCCGUUCAUAAUGAAAACCCUGAUCAAGAUAGUGUCACGCUAUGACAUCAUUGUUAUUCUCGAAGUGGUGGAUUCUAGUGGAGAGUCAGUGGAUGAUUUCCUCGAAGAGCUGAAUAAGUUCAACAAGACGCAUCAUUACACCUUGGAGAUCAGCACACGCCUGGGUAGAGGGAGUUACAAAGAACAGUUUAUGUUUCUUUACAGGGACGACCUGGUGGAUCUGGUUGGGUCGUACCAAUACGAAGACAAUCAGCCUGGAGAUGAAGAUGCUUUUGCUAGAGAGCCCUAUAUUCUGCGAUUCAAAUGUCAUAAAACAGUGUUGGAAGAUUUGGUGUUGAUGCCUGUCCACACCAAGCCUGAAGAUUCAGUGAAGGAACUUGACGAACUGUAUGACGUGUUUCAGGAUGUCAAGAAGAAAUGGAAGACUGAUAACAUCAUGAUUUUGGGGGAUUUCAAUGCGGAUGGCAAUUACGUGUCUGAAGAUGACAUGCAAACCAUCCGCAUCAGGAGUGACGAGAACUUCCAUUGGCUGAUCAAGGAUGACGAGGACACCACAGCCAGCACCAGAAACGACAACACUUAUGACCGGAUUGUGGUGUAUGGAGACGAUAUGCUGCAAGCCGUUGUUGCAAACUCUGCAAAACCGUUCAACUUUCAGAAGGCCUACAAACUGACAGAUGAGGAUGUAAAUGAGAAACUUAUAUUUAAUCACACUUAACAUAAAAAACACAAGUUAUUACUGUACAUUCAGCUUAAUGUAAUGUCUUCACAGGCGAUUAAAGUGAGUGACCACUAUCCAGUAGAGGUGGAACUGAAAAGAAAA